AUGGCCGAAAAAUCCUAUUUUCAACACGUGGAAACGUAUGACGAGGAAGAUUUGGCUACUGCACCCCAAAAUCCACCAAACAUGGGAACACUCUCCAAACAAUUUCAGCCGAAAAAAUUGAAAGACGGAAAUAAAUUGUGGAAAAAGGGUGCGGAAGCGGAAGCGGAACAAGAAUCCUAUGUUUACACGCCGUUUCGAGCGGCGACGUUGGGAAAAUCGAGCAGUUUGACGCCGAAACCGACACGUGGGUUUUUUGGUGUUCUAGGCUGAAAUUUUGCGCUGAAAAUUGUGAAAAGCUUGAUUUUCAGUGGUUUCCAGCAAUUCCAGCGUUUUCAGCGCAAAAUUUGAGCCUAGAAAGUCUUAUAAAGGUACUGUAGAUAAUUGUGCCAAAAGUUCCAAAAAAAUGGAUCAACCGGGUUAAUGUGAAAAAAACCUUGUUCUAGACUGAAAUUUUGCGCUGAAAAUUGUGAAAACCUUGAUUUCCAGUGAUUUUGAGCAAUUCCAGCUUUUUCAGCGCAAAAUUUGGGUCUAGAAAAUUUUUUUUUCAAAAAAUUGUUUCUUUCUCUCAGAAAACCCCAAAUCCAAUUAAUUUCCUAAUUAAUUACAGGUAAUUAAUCAAUUUUCUCCCAAUUUUCUUCUUUUUUUUGCAGGUGACACAGUUCACAGCGGUACACUUCGACCACCAAAAUCGGCCAAUCCAUUUGUUUACGGUGGGUUUUUUGAAGCUACAGUAAUUUACAGCUGAAAAUCUUGAUUUUCUGAUGAUUUUAAGCCAAAAUUCGUGAAAAUCUGAAAAUUUUGAGCUAAAAAUCAUGGCAUUGCUCAUAUUAAACCCGCCAAUUCCAGACCCACCAUCCGCACCCACAACUCCUCGAAUUCCGCGCGUCGCCCGUCCGGAAUCCGCAGCCGGAACGAUGAGUCGCGAGCAAAAGUUGACGUGGGGCCGCGCGGCCCAAAAUCAGGCCGGCCCACAACAUUUCCGCUCGAAUUCGGCGAUGAGUCGAGCCAGGCCCAAUGAAUUUUCGGCUAUGGCCAUGAAUCGUAGGUUUUCUGGGGGAAUUCUGGGCUUUCAGGCCAAUUCUAGGCUUCUAGACCAUUUUUCAGGCUUCUAGGCUUUUUCCGGGCUUCUAGACCAUUUUUUAGGCUUCUAGACCAUCUUCUAGGCUUCUAGACCAUAAUUUAGGCUUCUAGACAACAAUUUAGGCUUCCAGGCCAUUUUCUAGGCUUCCAGACCAUUUUCCAGGCUUCUAGGCCAUUUUCUAGGCUUCCAGACCAUUUUCCAGGCUUCUAGACCAUUUUUUAGGCUUCUAGACCAUUUUCUAGGCAUCUAGACUAUUUUUGGACCAUUUUUUAGGCUACUAGAUCAUUUUUAGGUUUUUUCCAGGCUUCCAGACCAUUUUUGGGCCUUUUCUAGACUUCAGGCUUUCCAGUAGAAUCUAGGGAUUGCUCAUGUUAAAGAAUUCUGAAUUACUAUAACUCUUUAGCUGAAAAGAUUGCUCAUAUUAAAUUUCUAGCUGUUUUUUCAUCGAAAAACUAGGGAUUACUCAUGUUAUAGAAAAAUCUCGAGCUCAAAUUUCACAAAAUCCACGUGUCAAAAAUAGGGAUUGCUCAUAUUAGAGCUCUUUUUUUGAAAAAUUGCUCAUAUUAAACGAAACCCCAGCUUAUUUGGUGUCUUUCGAACCCAAAUUCCAAAUUGCUUUUCAAAAUCUCAAAAUCCACGUGUCAAAAUCAAUAUUGCUCAUAUUAUAGCCUAUUUUUCAGAACCUCCAAUCCUCGCCCACCCAUCAACACCACAACGCUAUCCCUCAUUCCAAACGCUGCCACGUGGCGAGCCGAUCGACUCAAUGAUGAUGUGUCCAUCACCAUUCUACGGACCACCGCCACCACCUACAGUACUCCUCAGCUCAUCUCGUCCGCCGUCAGCUGUCCCAUCGCUGGGACACCCGGGCGCCUCGAAUCUACAAGGCUACGGUGUCCCAAUUGUUGUCCCGGCGGUGCCGGUGACGUCACCAACUACAGUACUACUCAAUCAAAAAGCUAUCAACACCCAGUUGGCUCAGCAAACGCAACAUUUGAAUUGGAAUCGGAUUAGUAUCGUUUGUUGUUUACAGGUACGGUAGGGCUGGGGUACUGUAGAGUUUAGGAUGAGCAAUGCUACCAAAUUCAUAUGAAAAUUGGGUUAAUAUGAGCAAUGCUUAGGGGUACUGUAGAAAAUUAGAGAGUUUAAGAUGAGCAAUGCUCUGAAAAAAAUUGGAGAAUUUUAGAAGGUUAAUAUGAGCAAUGUUUUCAAAAAAAUUCUUUAACAUGAGCAAUCUCCAAAAUUUUGUCUAGAAUGUUAAUAUGAGCAAUAUCCUUGAAAACUCCAAGUGAAUUUUUUAACCUGAGCAAUCCCUCAUUUAAGAAUAACAUGAGCAAUAUCAUUCCUGAUGAAUUUUUUAACCUGAGCAAUCUUCUGAAAAAUAUUCAUUUUAGGAACUAGAUUAACAUGAGCAAUGCUAAAAAUUCUUCAAAAACACUUGAAUUCAAAGAAGCUUCUAAGAAGUUUAACAUGAGCAAUCCCAAAAAAUCCUCUAACAUGAGCAAUCUUCAGGUGCUCUUCUGUCUCUCGAUCUUCGGCAUCGGAGUUGCUCGUAUCAUGUUCGGAGCCCUUUGGGCCAUCGGAAUCGAGAUCAUCUUCGCCACGUGUUCGCUGUUCCCCGCAUUGAUCGGCAUCUUUGCGGUGCGACGCGGAAGCUAUUCCGCGGCGCUCUUCUGCUUUGCGGCUAACGCUUUCGAGAUGGUUUUUGCCGUCUUUCCGUUUGUUAUUGGUGGGUUUUUGGGGGGCUCCGCCCAUUUUUCUGUGCGGGGAAAUUGCAAAAUUUUUGAAUUUUGGAGGGAAUUUGGUUUCGAAAGACACCCCAGAAGCCUAGGGUUUCGAGAAAAAUUUGAAUUUCGCGCCAAAAAUCCACGUGGCAAAGUUUUAGCGGGAAAUUCAAAAUUUUAGCAAAACCCUAAGCUUGUGGGGUGUCUUUCGAACCCAAAUUUCGUGAAAAAUUUGAAUUUCGCGCGAAAACUUUGCCACGUGGAUUUUUUAGCGCGAAAUUCAAAUUUUUCAUGAAAUUAGGGUUCGAAAGACACCGCACAAGCUUAGGGUUUCGAGAAAAAUUUGAAUUUCGCGCGGAAAAUUCGCCACGUGGAAUUUAAAUUUUCAAAAAAUAUAAUUUCCAAAUUCCAGGCAUCUUCCCAAUUUUCCCAAUAAUCUUUCCACGCGUCGAAAAAUCGUGGUUCUUGGCGGAAAAUGAGCCGAUCCAUUUCGACCUCAUUUUGAGCUUCCUGGUUGCCGUACAGGUUUUUCUGGCGCUCUUUUUGUCGAUUAUGGGAUGCCGUGCUGGUGGAAGUGUUAUGACAAAUUUGGACGAGUUGAAGUUGGCGGCGAAUAUGAGAAAGGCUUUUGAAGAAGAUCGAGAUGAACUGCCUUUUAAGCAUUAA